CCAAAGGUCUCGUGGUUCCGACGUGCAAAGCUAGGAGGAGGAGAGGAGGGGAAGCCUUUUUAUUCACAGAGAGCUUGCUAUUCCAGCUUCCGGCCUGCGCCAAAGAUGGUGAAGCUUGCCUUCGGUAGCGUCGGCGACUCGUUAAGCGUGGGGUCACUGAAGGCGUACUUGGCUGAGUUCAUCGCCACCCUCCUCUUCGUGUUCGCGGGCGUUGGCUCUGCAAUUGCUUAUGCGAAGCUGACGGCGGAUGCGGCGCUGGACCCGGCAGGCCUGGUGGCGGUCGCCGUCGCCCACGCCUUCGGGCUCUUUGUGGGGGUCUCGAUGGCGGCCAACAUCUCCGGCGGUCACCUCAACCCCGCCGUCACCUUCGGCCUCGCGGUCGGCGGCCACAUCACCAUCCUCACCGGCAUCUUCUACUGGGUCGCCCAGCUCCUCGGCUCCACCGUGGCCUGUCUCCUCCUCAAGUUCGUCACCGGUGGCAAGGCGAUCCCGACGCACGGGGUGGCGGCGGGGAUGAAUGAGUUGGAGGGGGUGGUGAUGGAGGUGGUGAUCACCUUCGCGCUGGUGUACACCGUCUACGCGACGGCGGCUGACCCCAAGAAGGGCUCGCUCGGGACGGUGGCCCCCAUCGCCAUCGGCUUCAUCGUCGGGGCCAACAUACUCGCCGCCGGCCCAUUCAGCGGUGGCUCCAUGAACCCCGCCCGCUCCUUCGGACCGGCGGUGGCGGCCGGGAAUUUCGCCGGCAACUGGGUUUAUUGGGUGGGCCCGCUCAUCGGCGGUGGACUGGCUGGGCUCAUCUACGGAGACAUCUUUAUUGCGUCCUAUCAACCGGUUCCGGCCCAGGAAUACCCGUAGGCACGUUUGACUAAACUGUUGGAUUUCUAGUCUCUGUCUCGUUUCGUGUUUCGUGUUUCUGCUUGUAUUAUCAUAAUAAAUGUACAUAUAAGAGUACACAACGUGGGACCUGUAAAAGAUAUGUAUGUCAAGUGUGAUCCAAUUAAUCAUUUGGUUUCUUGCUUGAGCUGUCUGCUGGGCCUGCCUCCCCAGCCCA